AUGUUAUCUGAUUCUGAUAUUCAAAAUCUUAAAAAUUAUCUUCAUGGACAAGUUCAUCUGUCAAUAAACAUAGAAAAUGUUGAACAAUAUGAUCAAGAAAAUAUGCCUGUUGAUUUUGAUUUAAGUAAAAUAUUUAUAAAAGGUUCUCAAUCAUUACCUGAUAUCUAUCACAUUUCACAUCAUUAUCGACAUCAUCGUCAUCAUCCAUAUACAAAACAUAUUCGUGAAGAACCGACAAUAUCAUUAUUGAUUGAUGGUGAUAAGAAACUUUCACUUGAAAUUGCAACAUGUGGUAUGCAAAAGAAUACACGAUUACCAGUACCACAUAAGAAUUUUUCUUUAAAUGAUGGAUGUUUUGGUGAUGAUGCUGGAUUUAUAAUACAAAAAGAACGAGGAAAUUUUUUAGGAAUUUCUGAUGGUGCCGGUGGUAAUCAAAUGUAUGGCUAUAAUCCUCGUCUUUUUUCUGAAUCAUUAAUGCGUAAUUGUUCAGAUUUAGCUCAUACAGGAAAAUAUUCGACAUCACAACCUAAACGUCUUUUAUGUCAUGCAUUUGAUCGUGUUCAAAGAGAAAAUUGUUUUGGUAGUGCAACAGCAUGUGUACUUGGUGUUGAUUGUGGAACAGGUCGACUAUAUUCAGUAAAUAUCGGUGAUUCAGGUUACGUUAUUGUACGACAAGGUUGUGUUGUUUAUCGAUCACGAUCACAAGCAAUGAAUGGAGAUUGUCCUCGACAAUUAGAUGUUUAUCCAUGGACUGCAUCAUUGAAAGGACAUGGUAUAAAUUAUACGCAAAUAUCAAGUCAUGAUGCUAUUUGUGAUACAUUCGAUUUAGAAUUAAAUGAUAUAAUUAUUCUAUCUACUGAUGGUCUUUUUGAUAAUGUUCCGAAUUAUUUAAUCGAAAAAAUUCUUUCUCAAAAUUAUUCUUUGAAACAUUCUGCAAAUGAUUUAGUUACUCGAGCUAUACGAUUUUAUAUUAAACCUGAUGAUAUUCUUGUCAUAAUGGCACGAGUUACAGCGAUUAAUAACUCUAUAUGUGAACAAUCAUAA